AUGCGUUUCAUUAGUGUUUUCAGCUUUGGUGCUACCAUCGGUCUAGCUAUAGCCAGUUGUCCAUAUUCGCAAGCAAGUGGUUCACAAUUAGAGCACAAACCACGUUCUUUUUCGGCAGGUCAAUUUUCUCGCCCAUCAGCAGACAAGAAAGGUGUAUUUCUUAUGAAUCGCAUUGGUCCAUCGACAUCCACUUUGUACAUCUCGAAUAUCGAUGGUUCCAACGAGCGCCAAGUCUUGAAUACAAACAACACAUUCGACUACCAUGCUUCUUUUUCUCCAGACGGCAAAUGGAUCACUUUCACUAGCGAACGCGGUGGCGAUGGCAACUCUGACCUCUAUCGUGUCCGAACAGAUGGUUCAGGCUUACAGAAGAUGAACGCAACGCCCUCCUUCGAGGAUGCAAUGGUUCUGUCUCCCAAUGGUAGUCACGCCGCAUACGUCACUACAGCUAACGGCUAUGUGGCAAACAUUUGGGUUAUGGACUUGUCUACUGGCAUUCAUACAAAUCUCACAAACACAGAUGCUGUCAGGGGUGUGAAUUGGAGUCCCAACAGCUACUUCCAACCAGCUUGGUCGCCAGAUGGAAAGUGGAUUUUAUUUUCUUCUGAUCGCAACACCGAUUGGCUCGGCCAUGGAAAUGGCACUGGAUGGGAGCAUACUCAAGAGUUGUCAGUGUAUGUCAUUCGUCCUGAUGGAACGGGUUUUCGACAAGUGGCGACUAAGCCUGGUUAUGCUCUUGGGUCGCCGAAAUGGUCUCCUGAUGGUAAGCGAGUUGUGUUCUAUGAGUUGACUCGCGAAGCAACUUGGGGGGCACAUCGACCCGAAAGCCUGGCGACCACCGAUUCCCAGAUUAUCUCCGUCGAUUUCGCUACUGGGUUGGAUAGAAUUGUUGAAACUUCCGGUCCAGGCUUGAAGUUAUCGCCACAAUACAUUUCGCAACACGAAAUCGGGUACUUGGUCAAAUCGCCAGUCGCGAAGCAAGGUCUCGCUUAUACCUCAAACCGAACAUCGGUACUUGGCAAUUUGCGUUCGCCAGCGUGGUCUGCAGACGGGAAGUCGGUUGUCUAUGAGAAGACUGGUUGGGACAUAAGGUCAAUGGAAGCGCCGCUUUACUCUUGGGAUAAGGACUGGGAGUAUAGAUUUACAGACGUUUUUCCGCAAUUGUCUCGUCAGGGUGAACUGGCCAUUACACAGAAACAACUCGGAAAUUCUUCGAUCGUCAAGAUGCACCCGGAUGGUACUGAUCUGAAAUUGGUUUUUGAUAGUUAUAGCACGGGACAAGCAGAUCCGGCCUUCGUCAUGAAAGGGCUUUCAGGAGCAUUCCAACCAUCUUGGUCGCCAGAUGGACAAUGGAUUGCAUUCGGUCUCGGAUCGUGGUUUCAAAGUCGAACAGGUCCCGGAUGGAUCUUCAGAGCAUCAGCCGAUGGAUCCAUCGCCGAACAACUGACAAAUGGUACUUUGAAUUCCGGGUUUCCUAGUUAUUCAGCGGAUGGUCGAUAUUUGGUCUAUCGUGUAUGGGGUGCCCAAUUCGGUCUUCGAAUCCUAGAUCUUGCAAACCAAAACACUCGAGUUCUGACCGACAGCAACGACAAUCUUCCGUUCUUCUCUCCUUCGGGUGAUAAGAUAGUCUUCACCCGCAAAAUGAAUGUUACCAAUUUCGACAUUUGCACCAUUCGUCCGGAUGGUACUGAUCUUAAAGUUCUUACUUCGAGUGGAGCAAACGAUGCUCAUGCCGUGUGGACUGCAGACGGGAAGAUCAUGUAUUCAAGUGGAAUGUACGGAUUUAGAAUCGAGGCUGCUCUGUAUGAUGACACAUUUCAGCCAUACGGGCAAAUUAUGAUCAUGGAUGAGGAUGGACAGAAUAAGCGAAUGCUGACUGACUCGAUGUGGGAAGAUUCUAUGCCGCUGUAUCUGCCCAAACAUCUGUUUGGAAACUGA